AUGGUCCAGAAGACUGAUGAGAUAGCCGUGGCCGGGGCAGGUGUUGAGCUGGAUUCGGGUUCCGCUGCAUACGUCUACUACAUGAGACCACCCGAGUCCGAAGGGCAACAUCUUAUCGGUGGUGACGGUGGCGGUAGUGGUGGUCAGUGCUCCUCGAGUGAUACUCUCGACAGUGGCACCUGCAGCGAUAUCGAGGUAACGCCGCCACCUCCGCUACCAAAGAAGAUGUCCCAAAUGCUCAAAUCAUCGAAGGCGGCAGGGGCAGCCACGGCAUUGGCGCUGGUGACGAUAAACUCGCACGAUAGCAGACAGGAGCGCAGUUUGGUCGUAGAGACAGCAGCAGAAAGCAUACCAGAUAGCCAGCCAGCAAUUGAUAAGGAUGGCGCCGACGUAGGUGACCGCAAUGGUGAUGAUGAUGAUGAUGAUGAUGGUGAUGAUGUCGACGGCACGAAGCAAAUCGAUGAGGACCAUAUCGAAAACAUAAACGGAAACGACGGCGAACAGGAACAGCAACAGUCCUCACAUACACGGCACGGCCACGUCAAUGUCACCGAUAGUGACGGUUCCGAAUCGUGCCUGAGUUGUGACUCGCUGAACUUAGACAAACUCGGUCUGAUAGUGCAGAGUGCAGAGGAUAACGGUGGGGCUGUGAUUCAUGCCAUUAACAUCCAGCACGCUGCAUUCAACGCCAGCGACCCAACAGCAGCGGACGGUGCCUUGUCACAUUUGCAAGACUGCUGCCACGCGGACAUCAAAGCGAACUGUACUGGACCGGAGUUGCCCAUCCGAAAGUAUCGAAACUUGGCGCGAUCCUGCAGUGGAUUGCCAGACUCGCUGUUGGCCGCCAUUCGCGGUAAUCGGCCAAGGGUGUACGACGAGGCGAAGCUAGCACAACUCACGGUACCGGCAGCCCCCGCCGCGGCCUACGACAAGGAGGACGAGCUGAUCAAUACUACUCGCUCAAUAUUAAUGGAUAAGAUCAACAGUCUGCACGCCGGGACCCAACGCGAUCAACUACUGCCGGCAGCAAACAACCCUUCGACCCAACACACCAUCAACGACUUUGCAACCGAUGCCAGCACUGCCAGUAACAAUCAAAUGCGUGGUAGUUUCUUCGAGAGUGAUCGUUACUACAAGUUCCACAUUCACGAGCGAUCGAACGCUGAAUCGAACGGAGCUGAUAGUGAUGGAGUGAGCCAGGCUGGUGGUAGCAGCUCACUGGAAAUCACCCCGUCCGUGAUCGAUGACGACGAGAGCUUUGCCGGGCUGAAGGAUCUGACCAGCGGCACGUCAACCAUCCGUAGCAACAAGGGCACCGUACGUGGUGUGAAGAAUCGGGUGCGCAAUGGCAUUGCAACCUUUCUUCAGAUGCAGCAAACAACCGGCAUGAAGAACUACAAAGAUAGAGAGAUUGGCAAGGUUGUUGUCUACAGCACCAGCAUGGGUAUCGUUCGGGAAACUUAUACCAAAUGCAUGAGCGUAAAGCAGAUUUUACGUACGUUGUUGAUAAAGUUCGAAGAAAAGGAUAUUUUUAUGAGCAACGAGUAUCAGCAGGAAAUACGAGACCGAAUGCAAACAGACUGUGUUACAGUGCCUCAGGUAUUCGUCGAUGGACAGCACUUUGGGGAUGCCGAGUGUAUCGAACGACUCAACGAGAAUGGUGAACUUCGGAAAAUGCUCAAACCUUACAAGUGUCUAGAGUCGCCUUAUACAUGCAAGGUGUGUGGUGGUUAUCGUUUGCUACCUUGUCCGUCUUGCGGUGGUUCAAAAAAGUCUAUCCAUCGCAAUCACUUCACUGCCGAAUUCGUGGCUCUCAAAUGUAUGAACUGUGACGAAGUGGGUCUGGUUAAGUGUCACAACUGCUAGAACAGAGACAGGACAAAGCGUACUACUCGUUCACCAUGAAUUGUGAAUCGAGAAAUUUUUAGUUUCUGUAAUACAUUAAAUGCACUACAAUAUUGCAUUCGUCUACUAGCGCAUGGGUGAAAUAUUGCGUCAAAUUACAGGAUAUAGGCCUCUGCAAACUGAUGCAAACUCGACUGUAUUUUGAUUGUGUAAUAGUGUACCGUACAUACAGUAAGUAAAGCCGAGAGCGGCCGAACAAAAUCGAGCAUCCCUCCGGUAGACCCCAUAGUGAGCUGGCCGAUUCACUAUGGUGUCUGUCGGAGUGCAGUGCCGAGCAGCUCCGAUGGUCGUUCUUCGCCGACUGCAGCCAAAUGUAAACCGACGCAUCAUGCCGUUCAGCUACGUUCUGCUUCGCUUGCUACGCUAAGUUGGAAGGGCCUAUAGUGCAAUGCCAUACAUUCCACACCUAUUGACAGCUACGCAGAGCUACGUUCG